AUGCUCGGAAUUUCGAAAUUCAGACGGCGCUUCCCAAGGGGAGGUAUUCAAUUCGUACGAAAAAGCGGCGCGUCGUUUGUCGAAGAACAUAGCGUAAUGCCAACUGAAGAUGCAGACGAAGCAAAAUUGGCUGUCUCAGAUUCCAAAGCCGGGUCUCUUGAAAAUGGUCCACAGAAGGUCAAUUUCACACGACCCGUCGAACCUCCGGUGACUUUAGUUGAGAAGUUCCUCUUCUUGAUUUGGAGCAUUAUGCUUGUUCUCACCCAAGUCUGGAGCGAUUUCAUCGAGAAGAGACCAUUCCGAUAUGUAUUGAAGUCUGAUAUCAUGGCCCACUAUUUUUUCCUCCCUGCCGGCCGACACGAUCCUCGCUUUGUGACUUCUGGGCCGUACAGCCGGAUCAAUGUCAAGAUGAUCCCCCCAAAUGUGACAAGAAGAUAUGAAGAAGACACCGAUUUAUCCACCUUCGAAGAGGUGGAGAUCAUCAACUGUGCCUCAAACAAUUAUGGCGGCUUCACAGAGUUGGAAAAUCGAUCGGGAGAGAUUAUCGAAACGGCAUUGCAGCUGCUACCUUUUGCUCCCGCACCAAACGCUCUAGAACUGAGGGUUCGUGCUAAGUGUGCCGAGUACAUGAGUUGCGAUGCUUGCGUCACUGCGCCUUCUGGCUUCAGUACCAACAGAUUAAUCUUUGCCACGGUUGCCGGGGUCGCUCGCAGUCAAGGCCGAAAGCUGGUCUUUCUAUGCGACCGAGACAGCCAUAAUUCUAUGUUCACUGGUGCAUUCUUCAACAAGGAAGCUGAAGUGCAUAAAUUUGAUCACAACGACUUGACUGACCUCGAGUAUAAAUUGCGCAUGCAGCGUGAACAAGACCCUUCCGCUUUGGUUUGUGUUGCUGUUGAAGGGAUUUAUAGCAUGGAGGGAUCUGUGUCUCCAGGUCCGGCAUUACUAGCACUCAAAAAAGUGUAUAAUUUCGCAUUGUUGGUGGAUGAAGCGCAUUCAUUCAUGGCUUUAGGAUCUGCGGGUCGUGGUUCGUUCAACCAUUGGGAAGACUUGGGAUACAAAUGCCCGCUAGAAGAAGUGGACGUCAUGUCCUGCAUGUUUUCCAAAUCGGUUGGGUGUACGGGAGGCUUCGCAUUGGCCAACGGUGUCUUCGCCGAGGAGCUCCGGAAGCAGGGCGAAACCCUCAAAGAGCGCGGCGUCGAAACCUUGUCCACAGUGGUGCUUCUGCGUAUUUUGAACCUCCUAAGCAAACCUAAACUGAUCCGGCAUCGUAUGUGCUUGCUCCGCAAGAAAUCGGAAUACAUCAGCCGCGCAUUGGGCAACGCAGGGUUUCGGAUCCUCUCAACACCCGGUUCACCAAUUGUGUGCUUUCCCGUUGGUACCGUACGGCAAGUAAUACGAUUCCAUGCGGAGGCUUUGAAGGAGGGUGUUGCCGUUACAGGUGGUGUGCCACCUGCCACCCCAUUAUGGGGUUGUCGAAUUCGUGUCUGCAUCUUCGCUACCACCUCCUGGCCGGACAUUUAUAAACUUUUGGGGACGAUGCUCCGUAUUGGUCAAAAGGUAGGCGUCAACGGUAUCUCUCCCAUCUCUUUUGACGCUGGUCUUUUGGCUCAACAGGAUCCCGAGGAUUCAAUGCUGGAGGUUGAAAGCAAUUCGGUCGACAGUGAUAUGCUUGACUAUGUGAUCGAGUUGAGCGGCUCAACCAAGGGCUUGGCUGGCAAUACGGAAGUCGUGCGGACUGGCAUGGAGAGUAUAAGGAAAUACGGUAUCGGCCCCUGCAGCGCUAGGUGGUUUUAUGGCUCAUUCGACAUUUUCAUCCAACUUGAACGCCGGCUGGCCAAUCUAUACCCUAGUCUUGUCGCCCAGUCCGGUAAAUGUCGAGGGAUGAUUUGCGGCGAUGCUGAAAUCACGCUCGGUUCCACAGUGGCGGCACUGGUCCAGCCAUGCUCAUCCGGCUCGACCCUGAACCGAGUUUUCAUACCAAAUAAUGCACCACACAGCGUAUUGGCUGGUGCUCGACUCAACCGACCGUCGAAACAAGUUGCGGCUACUUUCUACAAUGCGGUAGAAGACAUCGAGCUGCCAACGGGCCACAAGAACGCUCAUGCCACUCUGUACUUUGAGACAGUCAGAAAUGGCAUCCCGUUAGACCUGCACACGUUUAUCCGGAAGAUCGCUCCGAAAGUCAAACGGUCUGGAAACCUCACUGGCGCCACCAUCAUGUUCGACGACCGGAACGGUUUAGGGAUGGUCGGUCCUCAGUCUCUUGGGUAUCUCAACCUCAUGGAAGCAAAACAUGGCGUAAACUUCCUCAACGACGCGCUUCGGCCCUUGCAGUGUGAAGUGGAAGUCAUUGUGGCCGGCUCGUGGUUCGAUGCAUUUGGUCACCAGGGCGGAUAUGUGACAGGCUCAGCGUCCAAGGUCGAAUGCUUGACGUGGAACACUAAAGCGUUCUUCUUUUCUACACCUCCAAUGCCCGUGCAAGCUGCGAUGUCGGACCGCAUGUUGCAGGUUCUCUUGAACAAAGAUAGCAAAAAGAAAGCAGUGGCGUGGGAGUCGUGA